CGCCGCAUGAUGGCGCAGCUACUGAGCCUCUGCUCCUCCAGCAGCUCUAACUCAGCCCAGCCCCCCAACACACGACGACUAACCCGGCCUGCCGCGGCUCAACUAGGGGGAGGAGUGGAUGAUGAUGCGCGGCUGUUGCUGUUGCUGAGAAGCUCCAGCUCUCUCUCUGAACUGAAGCUGCUUGGCGUCGCAUUAAAACAAACACUCACUGGGCAGUUGAUUUUAACGGUUAUUGUGAUGACUACCACAAUUUGGACGGUUAGUAACGGUCAUUUGGGCUGGUUAGUAACGUCCGUUAAUGUCAGUUAGUUAGCUAACGGCUGCUAGGCGACAAAGACGGUUCAGUGAGCUACUAGCUGUUAGCUACUAGUAGCUAGCUUGCUAACAACACAGCCGGUGAGGACGAACACAUCCUUUUGGCGCAGCGGGUUAAUCUCUGCUGACUCGCUCUGUGGGGUUAUGUUAUCUGUUUUUGUGGUAGUAAUUUAUUCAAUCAAGUGUUGGCAGUCACCACUCAUGACUGCUACUUGACGCACCGUGUAUGGAUCAUAGCGGGGUCAUGUUUUAACCAGCUAGCCGCAGAGCAGAGCUGAUCUUCGGUUACUCGUUACAGGGAUGUGUCGGUGGCGGUGGUGGUAGCGAAACAAUCUAUCUGUGAAGAAGAAGUGUAAAGAAGUGAGGAAACACUUGAAGACAAGCUUUUGUUUAUGCUAAUUGUGAUUCUGAAGGUGCAAGGACGAGAGGUCGAACCUGACAAGCUGAACUGAAACUGGGAAAUAUCAGCUAUAACACAUCGAAGGGAUUCUUUUUUAAGUGGAUUUCGGCCCUCCUGUUUGGGGAUCGUCGUGGGAACACUGAGUGAGUGUUUUGACAUUAAGUGACUCCCACAAGAUACCCUCUCUCUCGCCGACCUUCACCCACUCUCCGAUGCGGAGAUUUCAGUAAGCACCGGCAACCCAAACGGCGGCCGGACAUGCUGAAGUGUAUCCCCCUGUGGCGCUGCAACCGCCACGUCGAGUCGGUGGACAAGCGACAUUGCAACUUGCAGACGGUCCCCGAUGAGGUCUUCCGCUACAGUCGCAGCCUGGAAGAGCUUCUCCUCGAUGCCAACCAACUCAAAGAGCUACCAAAGCCUUUCUUCAGACUACUGAACCUACGGAAGCUCGGCCUGAGUGACAAUGAGAUCCAGAGACUCCCUCCUGAUGUGGCCAACUUUAUGCAGCUGGUGGAGCUGGACAUCUCCAGAAACGACAUUCCUGAGAUCCCCGAGAGCAUUAAGUUCUGCAGGGCCUUGGAGAUCGCAGACUUCAGUGGAAACCCCCUGUCCAGAUUGCCGGACGGUUUCACUCAACUUCGAGCGCUCGCUCACUUGGCACUCAACGACGUGUCAUUGCAGACGUUGCCCAACGACAUCGGAAACCUGGCCAACCUUGUGACGCUUGAGCUCCGGGAGAACCUGCUGAAGUCUCUGCCAACGUCGCUUUCUUUCCUGGUGAAACUGGAACAGCUGGACCUGGGCAGCAAUGAACUGGAAGUUUUGCCGGACACCCUCGGUGCUCUUCCCAACCUGAGGGAGCUAUGGCUGGACCGGAACCAGCUGUCCUCAUUACCACCAGAGCUGGGGAACCUCCGGAGGCUGGUGUGUCUGGAUGUGUCAGAGAACCGUCUGGAGGAGCUUCCCUCAGAGCUCAACGGCCUCCUGGCUCUCACUGACCUGCUGCUCACACAGAACCUGCUGGAGGUCAUCCCAGACAGCAUAGGCUGCCUGAAACAGCUCUCCAUCUUGAAGGUGGACCAGAAUAGACUGGCCCAGCUGACUGAUUCAAUAGGAGAAUGUGAAAACCUCACAGAACUCGUCUUGACAGAGAACCUUUUAGAGUCACUUCCUCGCUCGCUGGGCAAGCUGAAGAAGCUGACCAACCUGAAUGUAGACCGCAACCGUUUGGGCGGCGUGCCCAAAGAGCUGGGCGGCUGUGCCAGCCUCAACGUCCUCUCACUGAGAGACAAUCGCCUGGGCAAACUGCCUGCUGAGCUUGCAGAUGCCACUGAGCUGCAUGUGCUGGAUGUGGCUGGAAACAGAUUACAAAACCUGCCUUUUGCCCUGACAAACCUCAACCUGAAGGCCAUGUGGCUCGCAGAAAACCAGUCACAGCCAAUGCUCAAGUUCCAGACAGAGGACGAUGAGCGCACAGGAGAGAAGGUGCUGACCUGCUAUCUACUGCCCCAGCAGCCUUCUCCGAGCCUCGAGAACUUGUUGCAGAACAGUGUUGAUGACAGUUGGACGGACAGCAACCUGAACCGAGUGUCAGUCAUUCAGUUCCAGGAGGAGACCAAGGCUGAGGAUGAGGAUGAUGAGGCUGCUGCAAACCGCAGAGGCCUUCAGCGCAGAGCCACACCGCACCCUAGUGAGCUGAAGGUGAUGAAGAAGGUGAUCGAGGAGAGGAGGAAUGAAGCUUACACAUCCAGACCUGAUGGAGAAGAAGAGUCUCCUGAUCCACAGGAUAAACGGCUCAGUGACCUCUCCAAUCAGAGCCAUGACUCCCAUGUGUCCAACAGCACGCUGUCGGCCACCUCCCAUGAGGACAGACAAAAUGUGACAGCGGCCACGCAGAGGGAGGACCUUGUGGACGGCCACUCCCCUCAGGAUGAGGACGAGCUGGAUGAGAUGGAGGUGGAAUACAUCGAGCCCACUGUGCACUUUGCAGAGGAGCCCAUGAUCCGUGGUUUGGAUGAGGACGAGGAUGAGGACGGGGAAGACGGCGAGAGGAGCGACGAGGAAGAGAGGCCGGCUUUUCCUGCCGAGAAGCAGCGUCUGAUCCGAAAGGACACGCCACACUACAAGAAGCACUUCAAGAUCACCAAGCUGCCCAAGCCCGAGGCUGUGGCCGCGCUGCUGCAGGGCUUCAAUCCCGAGAGUCUGAACUCUACGACGCAGCCCGCCGAAGACGAGCAGGACGAGGACGAAGAGCAAAGUCUAAGCACCCCUCAGCCCCAUCACAGAAUGCAGGAGCUUGAAGACAGUCGGCUCCAGGUCAACUCCAGUCAAGUCAAGGGGGUGUCAUUUGAUCAAGUCAAUAAUCUGCUGAUUGAACCUGCUCGAAUUGAGGAGGAAGAGCACACCCUGAACAUCAUGCGACAAACUGGCGGCCUGGGUAUCAGCAUCGCUGGAGGGAAAGGAUCUACACCUUACAAGGGAGAUGACGAGGGAAUCUUCAUCUCCAGAGUAUCUGAAGAGGGUCCUGCAGCCAGAGCAGGGGUUAAAGUGGGAGACAAACUCCUAGAGGUGAAUGGAGUGGACCUCAACGAAGCAGAACAUCACACAGCGGUUGAAGCUCUUCGUAGCUCCGGUGCUACAGUUUCCAUGUCUGUGCUGCGAGAGCGUAUGGUGGAGCCAGAGAACGCCAUCACCACCACGCCGCUGAGGCCAGAGGAUGACUACUUCCCGCGGGAGAGACGGAGCAGCGGCAUCGCCUUCAACGUGGAGGCGGCUCCCAGCGGGCCUCAACAGCGGCUCUCCACCUGCCUGAUCCGAAACGACAAGGGGCUGGGGUUCAGCAUCGCAGGGGGCAAAGGCUCCACCCCGUUCCGCACAGCAGACACGGGAAUUUACAUCUCUCGCAUCGCAGAAGGGGGAUCGGCACACAGAGACAGCACGCUGCAUGUAGGCGACAGGGUGAUCUCUAUCAAUGGUGUAGACAUGACAGAGGCCAGGCAUGACCAGGCAGUAGCGCUCCUUACCGGCACCUCCCCCACCAUCUCCCUCUUGGUGGAGCGAGACCCGAAUGCACCAGGGGGCUCUCCAGGUCAAAACCGGGCGAGAGCCCACUCCCCUCCACCCCCAGAGCCCUCAGAUUCACCGGACCAGGAGGAGGACGGCCUGAACGUUCACGGGAACAACCUGAGCCGAAUGGAGGACGAGUAUCCCAUCGAGGAAGUGACCCUGUUGAAGUCAGGUGGGCCUCUAGGCCUGAGCAUCGUGGGAGGCAGCGAUCAUGCCAGUCACCCGUUCGGCAUCAAUGAACCCGGGGUGUUCAUCUCAAAGGUGAUUCCUCACGGUCUAGCAUGUGAAAGUGGACUGCGUGUCGGGGAUCGAAUAUUAGAAGUGAACGCCAUCGACCUGCGUCACGCCACACACCAGGAAGCUGUGCGAGCGCUGCUGGCCAACAAGCAGGAGAUCCGUAUGUUGGUGCGGAGGGACCCUUCACCGCCUGGGAUGCAGGAAAUUGUGAUCCAGAAGCAGCCGGGGGAGAAGCUUGGCAUCAGUAUUCGUGGAGGGGCCAAGGGUCAUGCAGGAAACCCCUUUGACCCCACAGAUGAAGGCAUUUUCAUCUCAAAGGUGAGUUCGAGCGGCGCAGCAGCCAGAGACAGCCGGCUGCAGGUCGGGAUGCGUAUCCUCGAGGUGAACAACCACAGCCUGCUGGGGAUGACGCACACGGAGGCAGUGCGAGUGCUUCGAGCUGUAGGAGACUCUCUGGUCAUGCUGAUGUGUGACGGCUUCGACCCACAAAAAAUGGCUAACGUGGAGGCGUCUCCCGGCAUCAUCGCCAACCCGUUUGCAACCGGCAUCGUCCGUAAGAACAGUAUGGAAAGCAUCUCUUCUAUAGACCGAGACCUGAGUCCAGAGGAGAUGGAAAUCAUGCAGAAGGAGUCUGAGAUGGUGAGAGAGACAUCACAGUGGGAGCGAGAAGAGAUGGAGAAAGUGGAGCGUAUGCGUUUGGAGCGUGAGGAGGCAACUCGCCUGCUAGAAGAGGAGACUGAGAACAUCGGCACUGGACCUCUAAAACUUGACUACAAAACCCUGGCGGCUCUGCCCACCACCAGCCUGCAGAAGCUCAACAGGUUCUCUACUUCUGUAAGUGUGACUGCUCCCAUGGAGGCCCCCCUUCAGGCCCAGUACGGAGCCCCUUUAGAGCCUCUGGGCUUCAGCCCCACAGAACCCCUCAACCACAUGGACCCUGAGUCCUGCCCCAGUCUGACCACAGAGCACGAUUACCUCCACGGAUCCCAGUUCUCCCCUAACGGGACCUCCACUACCGACAGCGCCGGCUCAUCAACGACCAUUAAUUCAUCAACAUUUGCUCCUGAAGAAGAGGAGGAAAACCUGGUGGACUCUCAGCCCAUCUGCUUCAAAGAGAACCCGUUCUUGGUGGCCAAUCGUAAAGGAAAGGGUCGUCCAGCUGGACAGCAGAUCCUGUCGGGGCCUCCGACGGGCUACGGGAAGCAAGGCCAGCUGCAGCCCUGGUUGUUCAGCAAGGCGCCUCCUUCUGAUUUCACCAGGACGGAGAGUCCAAUCAGGGAAGCCCCCUACUCUCCCACCAUCCAACCGGCAAACCUUCAUUACUCCUCCACUCCUACCGCCAUCACUGACAACACUUCAUCAUCAACACGACCGGGUGCCAUCCAGCCAGUCGGGCGUGUGCGGCAGAGUCCCUCCCCCGCCACUCCGGACGGCCACAGUCCUAACCCCUUCCAGCAUGGCCCCUCCCCCUUCAACUCCCAGACCUCUCCUCGCGCCCCCUCCCCCACCUCGCCCGACGAGUUCCCCAUGAAUGUCAAGCAGGCAUACAAGGCGUUUGCCGCCGUGCCUCGCUCACUGGCAGUGCUGGAGCCGCCGCAGGAUCCGUACGCUGUGAGGAACAACUUCCACCCAAAGCAACCUUCUCCAGAGCCUGAGUUGCACAACGAGGUGUUUGAUGAUGACAUAGACGGUCAGGAGGGAGCUGGUAGGGGUCUGGCCCGCAUGGGCUCCCCCCGGCCCUCCCUCUCACCUGACCGUCGGGAGUAUAUGAACUUGGCAGCAGUGCCUCGCUUCUACAGGCCGCCCUGGGAACAGCAGAGUCCCUCUCCUGGCGGUAGUGGCAGCCCAGAGCAGCGCUCCUUCAGGGACAGACAGAAGUAUUUUGAGAUUGACGUGAAGCAGCAGACACCAGAGAAACCCAAACCUCGAGUGUCUCUGGUCGGAGAAGAUGAUCUCAAGAAAAUGAGGGAGGAAGAAGAGAGGAAGUUUGAGCAGCGGGCGCGGGAGUACCUGAUGGAUGAAGACGAGGAGGAUGAGGAAGAGGACAUUGCUAAGCAGGUUGCGCAGAUGAAGGCGACUGGCAAAGUGUUGCUGGAUGGAGUGGAGUACAACGUGGAGCCAGUAUCCAGCCCGUCACCGCACUGCGUCACGCCACCGAGCUACAAUGCCACGCCACCGAGCUACAACGCCACGCCACCAAGCUACAACGUCACGCCACCGAGCUACUGCGGCAGCUCAGGGCCUUCUUCUGUUGACGGUAAGGGAGAGUCUCAGAGGAAUUCACUGGAGGACAACUUAGGGCUGGAGCAGAGGCCCAACUCCAUGACUGGUCUGAUCCCAUUUUCCCCCGGGGACACGGCGGCUCCCAUCCGCACAGCCAAAGCAGAGCGCCGUCAUCAAGAGAGACUCCGUAUGCAGAGCCCCGAGCUGGCCCUGGCCCCCGACAAGGACCUGUCUCCUGCUGAGAAACGAGCUCUGGAGGCUGAGAAGAGAGCCAUGUGGAGGGCAGCACGGCCCAGUGGCCUAGAGGACGAUGUUAGGCAGUAUGAGCAGGACCUGGCUAAGAGGCUCUACCAGGCCAGAGUGAGGGCGUCUCAGGGCACCGAGGCCACCGAGGCCACCCAGCCCCCCACCUCCUCCGCUACCUCCUCCUCUGCAGCCUCCCAGCUCAGAAUGAAGUCUCUGGAGCAGGAUGCACUGAAAGCACAGAUGGUCAUCGCCAAGUCUCGGGACGGGAAGAAACGUGGGACACUAGACCAGCUGACGGAGUCGCCUUCGCCCGCCCCGACACCCUCUCCCACGCCUAUGGAAGAGCUCAGUCCUCGAGGAAUGACGUCUCCAGGCCGGCUGUCCCUGUCGUCAAAGAAGUUUGACUACCGACAGUUUGCUGCCAUUCCUUCUUCCAAACCCGUAUACGACAUCCAGUCCCCUGACGCAGCUGAUGACCUGCAGUUCAUCGACGACGGCUCCAGCAACCCAGUGCCCGCUGCGAGCCCUGAGGCCGAGGUACCCACCGCGCUGCCUGCCACCUCAGCCCUGGAGGAGAUGGCCCUGUACAGCAACAAGCGCAAACUGAGGCAGGGCCGCCGCAGCCUGGAAACCGCCGUGCCCACGUAACACCUCACACUGAGAGAAGAAACAGGAGGUGGACAGAACAGUCACUAAACACUACACACAGUGUCAGUAGAGCGAGAUUUACUCUCCCAUAUAUAACCACUGCAGAGACUACGACGCUGAUAGUCACCACAUGUGCACACUCACUUAUAUCUUGCGUGCCAGUCUUGCCUGAACAGUCUGCGGAUGAGCCGGCAAGUCGCUCAACAGUCCCUCGCGGGCAAGAACGAGCUCGUGUGGUUAGCUAGGAUUGCUACUUACAGACCAUUCUCUUUUUGUUGUUGUACACUCGGUUUACCAAGUAGAAGCUGAUCUAUUUUAAAAAGGAGGUGGCCGAAGUUUUUAGUUUUUUAUUUUUCGCACCUCCGAUGAUUUUGCUGUUUUUAAAAAAAAAAAAAAAAAACAUACUGGAAGAGAAAAGAAAUGGGUCAUAGCUAUACUAACUUCUUGAAUGAUAUUUUUAGGCUUUCAGUGAAUAGAUUGUAAAAUGUCAGGGUUUUUUGUGAGACUUGGGCGGACAGGAGUGUAUAUAUUGAUUAAGGAGGGAACAUCCUGCUACCUUCACAGUCCAAAAUUUUGGAGAGCUUUUAAAACAAAAUAAAAGUACAUAUCUUUUUUGCACUGCCACGAGUCAGCUUUUUAAGAACGUAUAUCUUAAGUAAUUUAUUGUUUUUAGCGUUUUAUUCAAAUUGAAGGCCUUCUAUUUUACACUGUUUUAACCCCUCCGGUCCUUUUGGGCACAAAGAGCAUGACUGAUGCUCGUCAGAAUUUAUCUUUAAAGGGCAAGUGUGUAGGAUCUGGCGGCAUCUAGUGGUGAAGUUGCAGAUGUAGGAGAACUACGGUGGGUGAUGCGAAAACGUAAAAACGCGAAUAUCCCCCUCUAGAGCCAGUGUAUGGUUUGUCCGUUCUGGGCUACUAUAGAAACAUGGUAGCUCCGUGGAGAGGACCUGCUCCGUAUGUAGAUAUAAACGCCUCAUUCUAAAGUAACUAGAAACGCACAGAUUCUUAUUUUCAGGUGAUUAUACACUAAAGAAAAAAUAAUUAUUAAUAUUAUAUUCAAUUUCUGCAAAUAGAUCCCCUGAAAUGAUAUACACUGUUCCUUUAAACAAAUUUGAAAGAUAAUUAUGUGGGUUACUUCGUCAAAGCUUUCAACUAAUGAAUUUCAUAUCACUUUAUAUCACUUAAUCUACUUUAUAUACACUUAUGAAUUCACCAACUAAAAGUAUAGCUGUUGCACAUCAGUGUCACAACACCGUAAUGGGUCCUACCUGUGAUUGACUGUGUUACAUUCCCCUUGUAGAGAACAUGACUACACUGGAGGCAGCAGCGGUGAGCAGCCAGUUUUACAGAUUAACGGAUCACAAUAUCAAAUAUUUAAGUUUGGAGUUUGCAUUUUUAGUAUCAUUUAUUAAUAAACGGUACUCACUCUGCCCUAUUUAGGGUAUUACUUCUUUUUUUUUCUAUCCUUGAAUUGUUUGGAGGUAUUCCAGAGUGACGUGAAGGUAGCAGGUGUUUUAUUUUUCUGUCUAUGGUUAAUUUAAAUCUGACGCCACUGAAAAAUCAUUUAUUAUUGUGUGAAUAAUGUACAAAUACUGAAAGGAAAGCAAACUUUGGGUUUGAAACUGAGCCAGUCUUGACCAAGACCAAGCGAGUGUCUGGACUGCUGACGCAUCUGGGUUUGGACAGGCUUGGGAUGGGGAUGCUCUCUGCAUGUAUAUUGGUUUGUUAAUGGGAGAACUGCGAGAGGCAGAACCAAUUAGAAAUCCCUCUCAAGACAUUGUCGUCUUUCAGUUCACUGCUUGACAUACUGUCAGUUUAUGUAUCUGAUGGGUAUUUUUUUGCAGAAUCACAGCAUCGUAGCAUUUGUGUUAAUUUAAUGUAGGUUCUUCUAAUGAUAGCUUUCCAUGUUGCUCUCACUGACUGAAAUUCAGUUUGUUUGAUUACAUUUGCAAUGGCUGAUAUCUCCUUUUUUUUUUUAAACUUACAGUAGGUAAAUCUUUUUUUCAGAUGGGUUUCACUACAUUAUUAAUGCAGUGUUUCAAGUUGUUGUGUUUAUUCUUUUGUCUUGAGUUCUAUUUGGGGGUCUUUUACUUGCAAAUAGUUUGGAGGGAAAGGGUCAGAAGUCCUAGGGUCAAGGGUUAGAGCUCAUACAAGACUGUAACUAGUGAAUUUGUACAACCAAAGAAGUCUAUUUUGUGGUUCAGGAAUAAUAAAUUUUACUUUUCAUUUAAGAAGCGGA